AUGGCUACAUCAGCAGCCCCCAUCGGCGCCGUCCUCGACCGAGCCCUCAGCGGCGCCAACCGUGACACCAUCCCCACCGCCGACUCCUCCUCCGGCUCCUCCUCCUCCUCCGCAGUCGAAAUCGAAGAGUCGGUACAAACACUCCAAAACGAGCUCUACGAACAACGUUCCCUAAAAUCCCUCUACCGCGACGAACUCGGCGACCUCCGCACGCUCAACCAAUCCCUCACCGACCAACUCGCGUCCGCACAAGCCGAACUCUCUAAAUAUAGGCAGAUACAGGAGGAGUGGGAGGGGUUGGUGGAGAGUAUUGCGCAUAGGGCUGAGAUGGAGGAGAUGGGGAUGGAAGGGGCGCCGGGGGGUGGGUGGAAGGCUAAGGGGGAGGAGGAUUGGAGGGUUGAGGCGGAGAUGUGGGCGGGGAGGUAUAGGGGGUUGGUCAAGGAGGUGAAGGAGUUUGGGAAGAAGUGGGACAGUGUGGAGCAGCCGUGACGUUCAGAAGGGGUAUGGAUGGGUAUAUACGGUAAUCGUGCUGGCCAAAGCAGCAUGACUGCGUCUUUCUCACGCUUGUGCGUCACUGCUCCCCAGCUUCUCCUGCAGAUGUUGGACCAAUUCCUUCAAGUUGUCGAUCUCCCUCUUCUGUACCAUAUUGACUUGCCUCAAUCGGUACAUCUCAUUCUGCAAGCGAGCGAUCUCGUCGUCCUUCUCGUUCAACGCGCUCUGCACACGGAUAGGGUCGUGGAUGUGGUCCGAUGGGAGAGACUCCCUCCUGGCUCUUUGCUCGCCGUUCAUGAC